AUGAAGAAAGUCCACUUCGACGCUGUGGAGAAAUCGAUUGAAGCUGACCAACGAGAGCCAGAUUUCUGCUGCCGGGUCACCUUUAAGGGCGCAUCGACGGUUGUUAUCCUUCUGGAGAUCCUCUACUGCUUCUACUACAUUCUAAUACUUGUAUUCGCCAUUGUUAAACAUCGACAAGCAUGGAGCAUCAUCAUUCUUAGUGUCAAUCUCUUCCUUCUCGUGUUACAAAUAAUCACAGCUGGAGUUGGAGUGUGGAAAGAAAACCGAGGUUACUCCAGUCUCAUCUCAUAUUCCUCGUGA